AUGUCCCAGGCGGGAAGCAAGCUGCCCGCAGCUAUGAAGGCCUGGCAAUGGUCGCAUUGUAGCGACACCCUCGAAAAUUCCAUCGUGUUGAAUAAUUCAGUACCGCUACCUACAGAGAAGCGAUCGCUUGCGCCCGGAGAGUCGCUUGUCCAAGUGCACGUUGCUGCCCUGAACCCCGUGGACUACAAGAUUGCCGAAUUGCCUAUCGUUGGGCGCAUGGCAAUCCCGAAGCCCGCAACGCCAGGUCUAGAUUUUUCAGGAAGGGUAGUUGAAGUGGGAUCGGACUGUAAUGUCAAAGUUGGCCAAAUGGUCUUCGGGAAGCUGGAGCCAAAGCAGCAGUUUGGAACGCUAGGAGAGUACAUCAUCGGUUCGAAAGCAGGGACUGCACCUAUCCCAGAUGGCGUGUCUGUUGAAGACGCAGCGACUAUUGGCGUUUGUGGUUUGGUGACUUACCAAUGUCUUGCGCCAAAUGUAAAAGCUGGCGACCAUAUAUUCGUCAACGGCGGAUCUGGCGGCACGGGUACUUUUGCGGUCCAGAUUGCGAAGGCAUUGGGCAAAGAGAAGAAUGUGCAACAAUGCAGAGACCUUGGUGCAGACGAGGCCAUCGAUUAUCGCAAAGCCGAUGUGGUCACCACGCUCUCCGAAAAGUCCGGAAAGUACGACUUUGUCCUCGACAACGUCGGUACCAACUACGACCUUUACUGGAAGUCGCCACAGUUCACAAAACCGGGUGCUAAAUAUGUACAAGUUGGAGCUGCGCCGAGCCUAUCGUUCAUGUACGACCUCGCGUUCAGGUUCCUAAUGCCUGGAGUGCUUGGGGGCGGAAAGCGGCCAUUCGCUUUUGGCAUGGCUGCGACAAACUUUGAACACUUUACGGAAAUCGGGAAGCUGCUGGAAGAUGGAAAAGUGAGACCAGUCAUCGAUGAAGUCUUCGCGUUCGAGAACGUGCCAGAGGCUUACCGAAAAUUGAAGACGGGGCAUGUAAAGGGAAAGCUUGUGGUGAAAGUCAGCAAUGUGGACGACAAGUAA